UCCACUGCCCUGUCAUCGGCCAGAAAUCGUCGCACGCAAUAAUUCCGCGGAGGUCGUAACCAUUUCCCCGUCAAAUUCACCGUACAAUCCGUGUCGGUUCCCGUUCGAAAAGUGAUCCAGAAGUGAGCGCUGGUUCGGAAUCGUUUUUAGUUGUUGUGAAAUCGGAGUUUUGCGAUGGCUGCCUGUACGGAAGUGCUGAAGCGGGAAUUCCCUUCGAUCGACGGGGAACUGUUGACCUACGUGAAAGACGUUCUCCAGAGCGGAGCGGACGAGUUCGAAGAUGGCGAGGAAGUGUACGAAGCGAUCGGGGCGAUUCUGCACGAGGUGUCCCAGGAUAAGAGCGCAGACGACAUCCGGCAGAUCUGUGAAAUCUUCCUGGAUCUGCUGAAACCGCGGACUGCGGAUUCCGGUGGCGGAGGUGGUGGAGGGCGGGCCAAAAUUUUGGGCGCUCCGAUUCAUUUGAAAGCGGUAGCCGCCUCGCAGGAUGCGGUCCAGGAGGACAUUCAAAGUAUUUGGGUCGUUUCGAGGGACGACAGUUUGAAGGUAGACUCGAAGAAGUUGGAGAAAGCGGAAGCCAAGCGGCAGCAGAAGCUGGAGAAGCGGGAGCACACGAAGAUAACCACCAGCGCUGCGCCUCCGGUUCUGCAGAUGGCCACGGCUUCGCAGGUUAUUAGCAAGAAAGAUAACAAGAUGGAAGCGAAGGGGACGAACCGUUCGAUGGACAUCCGGAUUGAAAACUUCGACGUGUCGUUUGGGGACAAGGUGUUGCUGCAGAAUGCCGAUUUGCUGUUGGCGGUUGGCCGUCGUUAUGGGUUUGUAGGCCGGAAUGGGCUGGGAAAGACAACGCUGUUGAAGAUGAUUUCCGGCAAGCAGCUUCAGAUUCCAAGCCACAUUACGAUUCUGCACGUCGAGCAGGAAGUUGUUGGCGAUGACACCUUGGCGCUUGACAGUGUCCUUGAGGUGGACACGGUCCGGACGGAAUUGUUGAGUAAGGAAAAGGAACUGAACGCUCAGGUUAAUGCCGGAUCCACCGACCCUGAACUGAGCCACGAGUUGUCGGAAGUCUACAUGCAACUUCAGCACAUAGAAGCGGAUAAAGCCCCAGCACGUGCCUCAAUCAUCCUGAAUGGUCUCGGUUUCACCAAGGAAAUGCAAGCUCGCGCCACCCGGACGUUCUCCGGUGGUUGGCGGAUGCGUCUGGCCCUGGCCAGGGCUCUGUUCUCCAAGCCGGAUUUGCUACUGCUUGAUGAACCGACGAACAUGUUGGACAUCAAGGCCAUCAUCUGGCUCGAGAACUACCUCCAAACGUGGCCCACGACGUUGCUGGUCGUGUCCCACGACCGGAACUUCCUCGAUACGGUUCCCACGGACAUUCUGUAUCUGCACUCGCAACGGAUCGACAACUACAAGGGCAACUACGAACAGUUCGACAAGACCCGAACGGAGAAACACAAAGCCCAGCGGCGGGAGUACGAGGCCCAACUGGCUCACCGCAAUCACGUGCAGGAGUUUAUCGAUCGGUUCCGGUACAACGCCAACCGUGCUGCCAGCGUGCAGUCCAAGAUCAAGAUGUUGGAGAAGCUACCGGAGCUGAAGCCGGUGGAGAAGGAAAUCGAAGUGACGAUCAAGUUCCCGGAGGUGGAACCACUGAAUCCCCCAGUGCUGCAGGUGAACGAAGUCCAGUUCAAGUACUCGGACGACAAGGUGAUAUUCAAUUUGGUCAACCUGAGCGCGAAUCUCGACUCGAGGAUCUGUAUUGUCGGCGAGAACGGUGCCGGUAAGACCACUCUGUUGAAGAUUGUCAUGGGCAUGCUGCAACCCACGGGUGGUCUUGUCCAUCCGCACCGUGGCCUUCGCCUCGGUUACUUCUCUCAGCAUCACGUCGAUCAGCUGGACAUGAACGUCAACUGCGUGGAACUGCUCCAGAAUGCCUACCCCGGGAAACCGAUCGAAGAGUACCGUCGAAUUUUGGGCAGUUUCGGUGUGUCCGGAGAUCUCGCCACGCAGGUGGUGGCCUCCCUUUCUGGAGGGCAAAAGUCCCGCGUGGCGCUCGCCAAGAUGUGCAUGGGUCGACCGAACUUCCUCGUGCUGGACGAACCGACCAAUCACUUGGACAUUGAAACGAUAGAAGCCCUCGGCAAGGCGAUCAACAAGUACACGGGUGGCGUUAUUCUGGUUUCCCACGACGAGCGUCUGAUUCGGAUGAUCUGCAAAGAGCUGUGGGUGUGCGGCGAGGGAACGGUCAAGAGCGUCGAGGGUGGAUUCGACGAGUAUAGGAAAAUUGUUGAACGCGAGCUGGAAGCCGCUGCUUCGUAGGGGGAGUGCUUCUAAGGCAAACAAAAAUUAUCAUUAUUAUUACUAUUAUGAUUAUGAUUACCUAAUAAUACAACAUAAGAACAUAUUAUUCUUACGCUUUAUAACUUGUAUACACGAGACAACGUAGAACAAAAGUUGGAAAACGAAAUAAUGAAUACCCAGCAAAGCGACUCAGCAAAAUUC